AUGGUGCAGACCCUGAUGGCCGAGUUGCGGGUGCUGAUCGGGAAGCGGCCGCCGGCCGGCGCACCUCCCCCGGCCCCCGCGCCCGCGCCCCAACCCUCUCUGCACCAGUACUCGCGGAGAGACUUGAAAGCGAACCUUCACAGACAUAUGAGUAUCGUUCUAGACAGUGUCCGCGGCGUGGUCGGGCCAGGCGCACGAAGAAAUAUGGACGAAGGUCGCUGCGCGACGUGUGACGCCCUCGGGCGACGCAGCCUCUCCUCUAAACUACUGCAGGUGGCUAUCGCGCAGGCGCACAUGAAGAGCUGCUCGCACGCUACUGGUCCAUCCUCCCCCGACCAACACGACUCGGAUCUAGCUACGCGCGCACUCGCCGCCAAAAGACGAAAAUCCAUUGCCGGUUUGAAGCUCAACCUCACUCAGGAAGCCCAAUCAAAACCAUUGUUCACCCCCGAACGAAACCGCUCACCUUUCGCACGCCGGAACACAUGGUGCUCGUAA